GCUACCAAGUCUAUCUCUCUCUCUCUCUCUCUCUCUGAAACUAAAUCUGAAACAGAAACUGAAACAGUGAAACCAACCAAACAACAACCUCAAAAUUUGCUCCCAACCAAAACAGAUCACACUUUUAUCUCUUCUCUUCGGUUUUAUUAUUGUCUGUGUAUGGCAGUUAGCUUAUUAACCCAAGAGGUAUCCGACUUAUGUCUAGGAAAGCCAGCACUUAGGUGUCUCUCUGUCUCCGCCAACAUUGGCGACGCCCUCUCCGCCUUGAAAAGGCUUCGCGAGAAUUAUCUCAGCGUUUGGACCUGUAAUCACGACCACGAUCCCGACGCGUCGUUUAGCUCUACCUCUAAGUCCGAUGAUUGUGUUUGCAUAGGCAAGAUUUGUAUGGUGGAUAUAAUCUGUUUCCUCUGCAGACAGGACUGCCUUAAAUCUCCAACCACAGCGCUGCACUCUCCGCUUUCUGUUUUGAUUCCUAGGUCUCCAGCUGGGCUCGUUACGCAUUUGGAGCCUCAUGCCAGCUUGGUGGAGGCUAUAGAUCUUAUGCUUGAAGGAGCACAGAACGUUGUGAUACCAAUUCAAAGUCGGAGGAACACCACAAGUUCAAGAAAAAAGCUGCUUCUCCACAACAAGCCCUCCUCCAACUCUACCCUCCACAACAACCGCGAGUACUGCUGGCUUGCCCAAGAGGACUUAAUCCGCUACCUCCUCAAUUUCAUUGGCCUCUUCAACCCCACUCCAAUCAACCCCAUCAACACCCUCAAUGUAAUUGAGACAGAAAACAUCCUUGCCAUCCAAUAUGACAGCCCUGCCUUGGCUGCAUUGCCACUCAUCUCUCAGUCCCUCAUCAACCAUACUUCUGUUGCCAUUGUGGAUGCAGACGGCAAGUUAAUUGGCGAGAUCUCGCCAUUCACUCUCAACUCUUGUGAUGAGAUGGUUUCGGCCGCGAUCGCCACUCUCUCGGCGGGUGAUCUAAUGGCAUAUAUAGACUGUGGUGGUCCUCCAGAGGAGCUAGUACAGACAGUGAAAGAUAGACUGGAAGAGCGAAAUUUAGGUGCAUUUUUGGAGUUAAUGGAAGAGGAAUCGAUCAUCACAUCUUCGUCGGAUGAUGAAGUUGGUGGCAGUGGCGGCCACGGGAGGAGUGGAAGGUUAGGUGGGUAUUCGGCAAGGCUGGUGAGGAGGUCAGAGGCUAUUGUGUGCUACCCAUGGAGCUCAUUGGUGGCAGUGAUGAUUCAGGCACUUGCACACCGGGUGAGUUAUGUGUGGGUUGUUGAAGAGGAUGGAAGCUUGGCAGGGAUUGUUACCUUUGUAGGCAUGUUGAAAGUUUUCCGGGAACGUUUGAAGUCUAUGAUAUAGCACAAAAUGAUGAGAAUACAGAAUUGCCAAAUCCCAACUAUCUAAAACCAGCUAGUAACCGAAAAAGAAAAAUCUAAAACCAGCAAAUACUUUCUAGUAAUCAAAUUGUGUGGACAUUCAGACAUUGUGAACCUUUCGUGUACUUCUUAUAAUAAGAAGCAUAUGCAGGUGCUAUAUUAAAAUAAAAUAGCUGUUUUUUGUUGGAGAUA